AUGGUGGGGGUUGAUGAAAAGAAAAGGAAUCAGAUGGCUACACAAUAUGAUGAUGGAGGAGUGACCGUAGCAUUUCAUGGGAGAGAGGUGUAUGAGGGUGUUCCUAUAUCUCAUUUUUCCAAAAAGUCACCUUUAAACGAUAAACAGAACAAGGCGGCUGAGAAUAAAUACAACUCAAAUAAAGUGACGACUGAUGGAACACUUUCUCGCGGUGAGGCCAUAUCAUCUGCUGUGAUUCAAGCUGAAGGACUCAAAUCGAACUUGAAACCCGAAUUCCCUAGUUUUGUGAAGUCUUUGGUCAGAUCACAUGUAGCUAGUUGUUUUUGGAUGGGGUUGCCUGUGGCAUUUUGUAAAAGACACUUACCUGAUAAGGAUACAACUAUCACUUUGGAAGAUGAAUCUGGUAGAGAAUACAAAACAAAAUAUAUAGCAUGUAAGACAGGAUUAAGUGCUGGUUGGAGACAAUUUUCUGCUGUGCAUAAAUUGCUAGAGGGUGAUGUGGUUGUCUUCCAAUUAGUUGAACCCACCAAAUUUAAGGUUUACAUAAUAAGAGCUGGUAAUUCAAAAGAGGUAGAUGGAGCCUUUAUGAAUUUAGACAGUUGCACAAAACAAAAAGUUGGAGGUAAAAAUAUCAUAGACACUGAUGUAGCAUGUAAUAGUCCAAAAAGAAAAAAUGGUAAACACGUUCCACAAGACAUGCAAAAGAAAAAGAAAAUUGUUGCACCAAAAAUGGAGACCAAGACUAAACAAUUUACAGAACAAUUUGAAAACGAUAGCGAUGAAGCAUUCUCUGAAAUAUUCGAGGGAUUUAAAAUGCCUGAAUUUAAAGAUGUAAAAGGCUUUCAAAAUUUCAGCAUCAUAGUAGAUGGGAUGCCAAUCGACGAUGAACUCUCUACCGAAGUUCGAAACAAGUACUACAAAUUAUGUUACAGUCAACAAGCUUUUCUUCAUGAAAAUCUAAUAAGAGGAUUGAACUAUAUGCUAAUUGUUGGAAUCAUAUCUGAAAUUGUUAACAUUGCUGAUGCAAUAAAAGUCAGUGUGAUAUCUACGCCGCGUUUUGAGUUUUCUAAUUGGGAUAAAGCUUUGCACGCAUUUGAGAAAUUGGGUAUGAAUGUUGAAUUCUUACGAGUUCGAUUACGUAGGCUUGUAAGCAUUGCUUACGAAAUGGACAAUGCCCCGGAGACAAGAAGAUAUUUGGCGUAUAGAACAGAAGAUCACAGUCGAGCAGAGAAUGAAAUUAAGAAUAUGGAAAUUAAGCUUGAAGAAUUGAAGGAAGCAUGUAGUGGCUUUGGUGAUUAUCUUGAGAGUUUGAAACACAAAGCCGAAAGGUAUGAACAUAAGUUUCAGCAAGAAGUUGCUGCUAGUUGGUAA